AUGGAAGCAGUUCUUACCUAUCUCGAGGACCUAGAUCUGGAAUCCCCUGUUUCGUCUUUCUCUCCAGAAAAACAGAAGAAAGUACACAAUCUGGUUCAGCAGGCGCUGAAGAAAGAUGAUCUCAGGAGUAAAUCCGUCCCCCCGGAUAUUUUGCGAUAUGCCGUGCUCGCAAACGUCUUUCCAGAAUACGAUGUUUCAAAGACGAAACUGAUUCUUGCCCUACUCACGUCAUUGGAAGCUCAACGCAAGGUUCAUCUCGAUUAUUUAGAGGGCGAACAUCCUUCCCUUCUUCAACCGGACGCAAGUCAGCUAGCUAACGACGAGGGCGGGCUAUUGCCCUCCCCGGAACUGAAGAAGCAUAUAUUUGAAAUGAAGGAGUUCGAUUCCGACAUGCACGAAAUGUUUCUACGCAUCGUAGAGACGGCGACCUGCUAUCAUGCUUAUGAUACAUGGCUCAAUCACUCCCUUCCUGACUUUUGGGAACGGUUCAAUUAUUACUUCCCUGCAUUGUCGGGGACCGGUUCUCCGAGAUGCAUUUUCUACAAAAUGAUGUCCCCCGCUGAAGACCAACGCCUAAAAUCGGCUGGCAUGUCAUGCCUUCACGCCAUUACAGAAGGCUUUGCUAUUGCCAAGGAACUGAAUGCCACAUCAGAACUUUCUGUCAAUGACAUCCUCAAGUCAGAUGAAUUCAGCACUAUCCACACUCCCGAUUUCGUAACCAGGGCCGGCGGUCUGCAAGCCGUUAUCAAAGCCUAUGUCAAUACUAUUUGCGACGAUCACAGAAUAAUACAAAAGCUGAUGGGGUACUAAGUGAGGCUUAUCGUAGGAUUUAAACAUACUCUCGAAUGU